UCGUGUUUGUUUACGGCUUUAUAUCCUGAUUUUUACGCCAAGAGAGUACUCUGCCACCCGUCUCUGUGACGUAGUACACACAAUGUGUAGGACGUAUGUGUUGUUGCUACGGAGCGCCGCUCAGAGGAAGUUUUUAAGCAGCUUUGCAGAAACCAGUUUGGAUAAUCCGCUCUGUAAUGCAGCGCAGACGCCUUUGUUAGCCUUUCUGGAUGCAUGUACAUUCAAUUGCUCUGAUCACGAGAAGAUAACUGAUCCACGUUAGGCUCGGUUUUCCCAGCAGUCGCCGCUAAGUGAUAUGGCGUGCACGAAGAAAGGUAGCCAGUCAGCUAACUAACGUUAGCUAGGUUCUAGCUAGCGAGUCAGUUUGAAUGCUAAACCAGCUAGCUUAACGUUGAAUGAGUGUGGUUCGCAAAAUUCUGUCACAUCGUCGUUUGUUGCCUGCUGUGACGGCUUAACACCAUGUUAGUGAAUCCAACGCGAGGUUUCCACUGGUCAGACGCGGAGACGAGAGCACUGCUGAACAUUUGGGGGGAACAUGACGUCCAAACGGCGCUCGACGGAAACUUUCGAAACAGUCACGUUUACCGCGACGUAGCGGGUCGUUUGGGAGAUAUGGGCUACGAUCGGACGCCGGACCAGUGCAGAGUGCGGGUGAAAAGCCUGAAAAGACAGUAUUUUCAAGCAAAGAAAGCAUCAAAGAAAAAUAGCCAGUGUCAUAAGAUCUUUAAAUUCUACGAGGAAAUGGAGAGGAUACUGAGCAGCAGAUCAUCGGCCACGUUAGAUUCCCAGGACAUAGACAGUGUCGCUGUUGAAGGCGAUGAGACGAUGGAUGGCACCGAAGAAGAUGGUGAGAGCAUAGACCAGCCCCAGGACUCUGACAUGGAAGGCACUGGAGAAUGUUCCAAUGUUGAAUAUCCUGUGAAGAUCGAGUAUCCAUCCUACCCCAUCCCGGUGACCGUUGGUAGCAGCAGCAGUAUACCAGCAAAACAGAGCAGCUUGCAGCCCAACAGCAUGCCGUCCUCUUCAGCAAGCAGAGCGAAACGUUUCAAAAAGCGCUUCACAAACCUGUCCCUGGAAAAACUGAUGGAGAAGUUUCUGGAGCAGAGUUUGGAAGCAGAAGAGAAUUUCUAUAGACUCGAGGAGCAGCGACUUCAAGCGGAGGACCUCCGUAGGGAGACGGAACACACUAGAGAGUUGCAUAUGCUGCAGAUGCUUGGCCAGAUGUUUGCUGGUCUUUCCAGACCUGUGGCUACACAAUCGCCUGCUACCCAGCCCACCCGUAACUCCCAUACUGGUGCCCCUGUACCUCCUACACGUCUAUACUUUGGCAACCAUAGCAGUCAAGCUUCGGAGGCUGAGUAUGCUAACAGCAGUCAGCAAGCUGCUCCAGUCAUAGAGCGGUCAUUCUCCCUGGGAAGGGCAGCACACAGAAGCAUGGACAGUGUCCUCCCUUUGAUUAAAAAUACCAUUCCUCCACUAACAUCCAAAAAGCACAAGGGUCAAGAUGGCCGUAUUGGAGUCAUUGGAGGAUGUCAAGAGUACACUGGGGCUCCAUACUUUGCAGCCAUUUCUGCAUUAAAAGUCGGUGCAGAUCUGUCCCAUGUUUUCUGCACCAAAGAUGCUGCCACUGUGAUCAAAUCCUAUAGUCCUGAGCUCAUAGUUCAUCCUGUGCUAGACAGUCCUAAUGCUGUGGAGGAGAUUGAGAAAUGGCUGCCGAGGUUACAUAGUCUGGUGGUGGGUCCUGGCUUAGGGAGGGAAGAUGUGAUCCUCAAGACUGCUAAGGAGGUUAUUGAAAAGUCAAAAUCCAAAGGAAUUCCAGUUAUCAUUGAUGCAGAUGGACUUUGGUUAGUUGCUAAGGAGCCAUCAAUCAUCCAGUUUUAUCAAAGAGGCAUUUUAACGCCCAACUUCAUGGAGUUCAGUCGUCUCUAUGAGGCUAUGCACCGUGAGCCUCUGGACAGCACAGACCUCAAGGGGAGUGCCCAGCAGCUGAGCAUUGCAAUGGGCAAUGUGACCCUGGUUUUGAAGGGCGAGGAGGAUAUCAUCACUGAUGGCAACAGAGUGAUAACAUGUAGUCACCAGGGGAGUGGACGUCGGUGUGGGGGGCAGGGAGACCUGCUCUCUGGAGCUCUAGGUGUCUUUGCCCAUUGGGCAUUCAGCUCAUUCCCAGAUGCAACCAAAGGUAUGAAUCCAACACUGGUGGCUGCAUUUGCCGCUACCUCAUUGACUAGGCAGUGUAACAGGCAAGCCUUCGACAAACAUGGUCGAGCCACCACCACCUCCGACAUGAUCCAGGAGAUCUGCACUGCCUUCAGAAAGCUGUUUGAAAGCUGAACUAAACACAAACUCUGUUCCACGGGCACUCAGCGUUGUUUCAGCCAUGUGCAACAUCUUCUGUUUUCACUAGCUCACCUUCUUAACCAAGACAGGAAGCAGGGAAAUCCGAUGUUGUGGUCUACACUGCUCAUCUACACACUCAUCACACAAUUCUCAUACACCAUGGUCAUUCUGCUCAGUCUCAAUAAGCAUUUUUUUUUUUUUUGUUUGUUUCUUUGUGUGUCCACCAUCCACCAUUUCUGGCUCGGUCUGAAUGUUUUCCAUCAUAUUUUUAUUUUUGAGUUCUAUGUCCUUUUGUUGUAGCAUAGCAACAAGAAAACAAGAGAUCCCUGAAAGUGAUCUAGAGUAGCCUUUCCCAGUUUUUUUGUGAUCCAUUGCUCAGAAAUGGAUGCUGAUCAGCAGACAGACAGGACAAGACAUUCAAUAGUGUAUUGUCUAAUUGGAGCCACAGAUCUAGAACGUAUAUGGCUGCCAGGACUUUCCUGUUUUUAGAAGGAAAAAAAAAAAAACUACUCCCAGUUGAUGAUGAUGAUGAUGGUGCUGGUGAUGUAGCCGGACUGUUUUACCCCUAAAAUUCAGCUAUACAACUAUCCACCCUAACCUACUACAAAUACAGGUCAUAGUAUUGCAGAAUAAAACAUGAAGACAUUAAUGCAAUUCAUAGUGAACAACUAAGAGACUGAAAUAAGCUGAAUGAUAUUAUAAUUAUUAGCGUGCACACCAGCACCUCUCUUUGCUGGUAUUGUUUUUUGCAAUUAGCAGGACUUUUAUUUCAAAGUGCCUCUUGUAGGUUUUGAAUCCUAUGUCAAUCACCAGCCCUUUCUUUCUUAACAGUAUUGUAGGUUAACAUACACAACAGUGGUUUUGUAUGAAUUUAGUCCUAUAACAAAUCUCUAUUGUUAGUGGAACCCUUCCUGUUAGAGUCCCAUAUAAUUAUGAUUCAUUGACUGUGGUGCUCUUUGAUAUCUGCAUAUUUUGUUAGAAAAUGUAGUUUAUAAAAAUACACCCACACAUUAAAUUCUUUGCUGCGAGUAAUAUGCUUAAGAAGAGUGGUCAAUAUUCCUUAUUAGGGCUGAAACUAUAUGCAAAGGUCAUGUCUAGUCUCAUAUACCCUUGUGGCUCUAGAAAUGUAUCUCGUGCUCUGAAUAUUAAAACAUUCUUGGACGCCA